AUGUUAAAUAAGCGAACAUGUAAUGAAUUGAUUGAUGAUAAUGACAAACAAAUCAAAGAACCGACAAUUGUCGGAGAGAUUCGUGUAGGAAGACGAUUAUACGAAAAAGGAUUUUGGGAUCCGAUGGUUCCUGGGUAUAAAAAUAUUGUUGUAUUAAUGCCUGGUUCACCUAUACAAACAGAUGAAUUAAAUUAUGGAAUGUUAGGUCCGUAUUCGUUGAAAAAUGACAGAGAACAAAUAAUGGAAAAUGUGUGGCAAUUUUCACGCAUAUGGAAACAAGUACCUAAAACGACUCAAUAUUAUCCUAGAAAACGGCACAUUAUUACAUGGAAUCAUUCAGCUGAAAUUCAUAUGAAUGAUAAUCAAGAGUUGACUAAUGCAUAUUGGAACUGGAGAGAAAAGGGCAUGAAUAACAAAUAUUUUGUACGUUGGCCAACUGGUGGAAAAAAUAUGGAAGAAAUUCAAUUUGCAUUUCGGUCAGAAGAUGUUCAACCACAUACAACAAUUAUACCUAAUGAUUAUAGAUUAAGUUACAUUGAAUCAAGAAAAAAAAUAUAUUUACCAGUAUAUACAUCUCUUGUUAAAAAACAUCCAAAAUUUCAAGAACUAGUUAAUUAUCACAGAAGUGGAGAAAAUCUUCUUAUUAUAGAGGUAGAUGGACCACAUGAAGAAAGUUUACCAUAUUAUAAAAAUAAAUAUGAUGUAAAUGAUACAUUUAUCGAAAAUCAUACUAUGUUAAUGACAUUAGAAAAUAAUAAAAUUAUGAUUAAUGAUGAUAAACAUCCAUGGGGACACGGUUAUGCAUUAGCCAUGGCUGUAGCAAACGUUGAUGAGAAUGAACAAUGGAUCUAG